GUGCAACAUUCUUGGAACCAAGGACUUUGAUAGGGUGAAGUCAGAUAGUGAGCUUGUCUUUGUUGCUUCUUUGGGUGAGUAGAGAAUCCUUAUAAUAAUCAUGAAGAACUCUACAUUUAUUUUAUAACUUACAAUUGUUUUGCAUUCAAAAUCUGAUGUCUGGCACUGGAAAAUCAGAGGCAUAUGGAACCAUGUCGGAUGAAGACACAGAUCAAACCUCUGAGAAUGUCCUGGCUGAGAUACAGUCUUUUGAGCUGCCCAUUGAAGCUACUUUAAGGUCUGUGUAUGAUGACCAACCAAAUGCGCACAAGAAGUUCUUGGAAAAGUUAGAUGCUUGCAUCCGUAAUCAUGACAAGGAAAUUGAAAAGAUGUGUAAUUUUCAUCAUCAGGGCUUUGUAGAUGCUAUUACAGAACUCCUUAAAGUAAGGACUGAUGCAGAAAAACUGAAGGUGCAAGUUACUGAUACCAACCGAAGGUUUCAAGAUGCUGGAAAAGAGGUGAUAGUUCACACAGAAGAUAUUAUUCGAUGUAGAAUUCAGCAGAGGAAUAUUACAACUGUAGUGGAAAAAUUGCAGUUAUGUCUUCCAGUGCUGGAAAUGUACAGUAAGCUAAAAGAACAGAUGAGUGCAAAAAGGUAUUAUUCUGCUUUAAAAACUAUGGAACAGUUAGAGAAUGUGUACUUUCCCCGGGUUAGUCAAUACCGAUUUUGUCAGCUAAUGAUAGAAAAUCUUCCUAAACUCCGUGAAGAUAUUAAAGAAAUCUCCAUGUCUGAUCUCAAAGACUUUUUGGAAAGUAUUCGAAAACAUUCUGACAAAAUAGGUGAAACAGCAAUGAAACAGGCACAGCAUCAGAAAACCUUCAGCGUUUCCCUGCAGAAGCAAAAUAAUGUGAAAUUUGGGAAGAUUAGGUGUAUAAAUCAUGAUAGAAUUCCAGAAGGAAGGAAUGAAAUUGUAUUGAAACAGGCACUUGAGGAAGAAGAUGAGAAUGAAGAGGAGGUCUUAACUGUUCAGGAUCUUGUUGAUUUUUCCCCUGUUUACCGAUGUUUGCAUAUUUAUUCAGUUUUGGGUGAUGAGGAAACAUUUGAAAAUUAUUACCGAAAGCAAAGAAAGAAACAAGCAAGACUGGUAUUGCAGCCCCAGUCAAGUAUGCAUGAAACAGUUGAUGGCUAUAGAAGAUAUUUCACUCAAAUUGUAGGGUUCUUUGUGGUGGAAGAUCACAUUUUACAUGUGACCCAAGGAUUAGUAACCAGGGCAUACACAGAUGAACUUUGGAACAUGGCCCUUGCAAAGAUAAUUGCUGUCCUUAGAGCUCAUUCAUCCUAUUGCACUGAUCCUGAUCUUGUUCUGGAGCUGAAGAAUCUCAUUGUAAUAUUUGCAGAUACUUUGCAGGGUUAUGGUUUUCCAGUGAAUCGACUUUUUGACCUUUUAUUUGAAAUAAGAGAUCAAUACAAUGAAACACUUCUUAAGAAAUGGGCUGGAGUUUUCAGGGACAUUUUUGAAGAAGAUAAUUAUAGCCCCAUUCCUAUCAUCAAUGAAGAAGAAUAUAUAAAUGUCAUCAGCAAAUUUCCGUUUCAAGAUCCAGAUCUUGAGAAGCAAUCUUUCCCAAAGAAGUUCCCCAUGUCUCAGUCUGUGCCUCAUAUUUACAUUCAAGUUAAAGAAUUUAUUUAUGCCAGCCUUAAAUUUUCUGAGUCUCUCCAUCGGAGCUCAACAGAAAUAGAUGAUAUGCUUAGAAAAUCAACAAAUCUGCUGCUGACCAGAACUUUGAGUAGCUGUUUACUGAACCUUAUUAGAAAACCUCAUAUAGGUUUGACAGAGCUGGUGCAAAUCAUCAUAAACACAACACACCUGGAACAAGCUUGUAAAUACCUUGAGGACUUUAUUACUAACAUUACAAAUAUUUCUCAAGAAACUGUUCAUACCACAAGACUUUAUGGACUGUCUACUUUUAAGGAUGCUCGACAUGCAGCAGAAGGAGAAAUAUAUACCAAACUUAAUCAGAAAAUUGAUGAAUUUGUUCAGCUUGCUGAUUAUGACUGGACAAUGUCCGAGCCAGAUGGAAGAGCUAGUGGUUAUUUAAUGGACCUUAUUAAUUUUUUGAGAAGCAUUUUUCAAGUGUUUACUCAUUUGCCUGGGAAAGUUGCCCAGACAGCUUGCAUGUCAGCCUGCCAGCAUCUGUCAACAUCCUUAAUGCAGAUGCUACUGGACAAUGAGUUAAAACAAAUAAGCAUGGGAGCUGUUCAGCAGUUUAACUUAGAUGUCAUACAGUGUGAAUUGUUUGCCAGUUCUGAGCCUGUGCCAGGAUUUCAGGGGGAUACCCUUCAGCUAGCAUUCAUUGACCUCAGACAACUCCUUGACCUGUUUAUGGUUUGGGAUUGGUCUACUUAUCUAGCCGAUUAUGGACAACCAGCUUCUAAGUACCUACGGGUGAAUCCAAACACAGCCCUUACGCUUUUGGAGAAGAUCAAGGAUACUAACAAAAAGAAUAAUAUAUUUGCCCAGUUCAGGAAGAAUGAUCGAGACAAACAAAAGUUGAUAGAGACAGUUGUGAAACAGCUGAGAAGUUUGGUGAAUGGUAUGUCCCAGCACACCUAGACUUCACAUCGGUUGAACUCAGUGACACCAAAUUCAUGACUCAUCAUUGAUCUCCAGCAAGCACUGGUCAGGAUACAGUAAUUUGUUUACAGAAUUCAAAAAUACAACAGAGAAAAGAUGAGGGCUCACUUAAGAAAUAGUAAUAAAAAUAUCAUUUGUAUGGAUUUUUAAAUAAUUAAAUACUAUUUUAUAUAUGGAAAAUGUGACAUUAAUUCUUUUUCGCAUCUAGGGAAAAAUGGCAAAAGUAUAAUAUAUAAUCAAGUAAAAAAUUGUAUAUGAAACUGAUUCCAAACACAUUAGAAAAAUUAUGCCUUUAUUCGUAAGAAUUGUUUUCUAUUUAGACUUGAAUAAUUUCUGAUUUUUUCAUCAUUGUAUGGUUUCGGAAUGCAUUGUCUGAUAUGAGAGCACUCUCAUUUUCUGACUUUUUUAUUUUCACCUCAGUGUGAUGUAAGUAGAAUAAAAUUUUGAAUUCUGCUGAUUCUGAGGGGAAUAUAGACAAAUCUUUAAAACUCCCUGAAAUCGGGGGCAGCGCCUGUGGCUCAAAGGGGUAGGGCGCUGACCCCACAUGCCAGAGGUGGCAGGUUCAAACCCAGCGUGGUCAAAUCAAAACUGCAAUUAAAAAAAUAAUAAAAAUAAAACUCCCUGAAAUCAAACUUGAUUUAAAUCAGUAAAAAUGUGAUUUAUUUGUCCUACUUGGGUGGCUUAACUUUAUUGUUCUAAAUAUGAAGAAAAGGUUUUGGAUUUUCUAAAGAUGCAAUGUUUCUAUUCAUCAGGGCUAAUAUUUCCCACUGUAUUGCUUGUUGCUGACCCCAUUUUAGGAUUUGUUUGAUUUGGUUUGGUUCAAGUUGAAAGAGAGGACGGGAAUUAAAUGGCGCUAACCACUUCAGGUGUAGCUUGUGCUAGAGCAGGUAUGUUCCUACAAACAGAAGUUACUACAAGAGUCAGGUUACUUUCUUCAAACAGCAGAUCUCAGUACUAUAUCCUCACUGUGGAGACAAGCCAAACAAAAUGAAUUCUGGAAAACCUAAAACAAAUGUGCAUUUUCCUUUGUGUAAGUUACUGUGGUCCAAAUGGCAAUAUGACUCUGAUCUUUAUUUUCUUUCAUUGUAUUUAUGCUGUAUACUCCCUUUGCAUUUUCAGGAUUUAUUCCUGUAAGAAACUACACCUGACGCUGUAAAAUAAGUGUAAAGAAUUACGUGAACAUCUCUUGCUUUUGUGAUGAAAUAUUAAAAACAUUGAGCAAUUUGUUGAAAAUG